AUGAAACCGUCCACGAGUGGCCCGCUAAGCGAGAAUUGUGUGGGCACAUCCGAAAUUCGCAGAGCCAACUUGGACUAUCCGACUUUCUUCGACAACAACCCUCCGACUCAUCCAAACCCGUCGACCACAGCCUUCGCCAUGGCCGAUAUCGAUGUCAAGCUCGCUGCGUGGAAGUUGGUCGAGGUUGGCCGCCUCGUGCUGAUCCGCCGCGGCCCCUUCGCCGGCAAGCUCGCUGCCAUCGUUGAGAUUGUCGACCACCGCCGUGUCCUGGUUGACGGUCCCUCCGGUGAGGAGCAGAAGAUCGUGCCCCGUCACGUUCUCGCUCUUGCCCACGCCACUCUCACCCCCUUCACCAUUCCCCAGCUUCCCCGUGCUGCCGGUACUGGUCCCGUUAAGAAGCUGUGGGCUAAGAACGAGAUCGACGGCAAGUGGGCCAAGUCCAGCUUCGCCCAGAAGACCGACAAGGUUGAGCGACGGAAGAACCUGACCGACUUCGAGCGCUUCAAGGUCCUGCGUCUCCGCAAGCAGGCCCGCUACGAGGUCCAGAAGUCCUUCGCCAAGGUCCGCGCUGCUACCAAGGCUUAA